AUGAGAGAGACCUCGGCCGACGUAUCUUCACUAUUCACUCGAAUUCAGGAGAACUACUUCUUGGGAGGUGCUAAUGGAAAACAUGGCCAAGAAGAAUAUAUGACCUGCUCAUGUCGAUAUGAUCCUGUUGAGGACAGCCCACAUCGACAUAUAACACUCUCUCUUGUCCCCAACUCACAGCUGACCCUGACUCGGCAUGCGGUGAACAUUCCAAUUGCAUCAACCGAGAGCUUUUUAUCGAAUGCAGCAGAGACUGUCCUUCUGGAGUCCAUUGUCAAAACCAGAGAUAUUUUCUUGACGGAAAAGAAAGGCCAUGGCAUGAGAACUCGCCAGCCCUUGACAAGAGGCCAGUUUGUGAUAGAAUAUGUUGGAGAAGUCAUACCGACAACGCUAUUCAUAAAAAGGACGCAGGACUACCACGAUCAGGGCAAAAAACACUUUUAUUUCAUGAGUCUCAAGUCAGAUGAGUUUAUUGAUGCACAGAAGAAAGGAAACUACUCUCGAUUCAUAAAUCAUAGUUGUGUGCCAAACUGUAUAUUACACAAAUGGUUGGUGGGCACAAAGUUGAGAAUCGGUAUAUUCACCAUAAAGGAUGUACCAGCUGGUACAGAAUUGACUUUUGAUUACAAGUUUGAGAGAUAUGGGACAAAGGCACAACCAUGCUAUUGUGGUGAAGAGGUGUGCAAAGGCUUCAUCGGAGGAACCAAACAGUCCAAGAUGAUCGAUGGCUUGUCGGAUCAGCCUAGAUUGGCCAAUGUAGAUGAAGAUGAUGACGAUGACGAUGAGACUGUCAGGAAAUCCGACAGAGCCUUGGAGUCACAGGAAGAUAUAGUCAGGCUGAUUCGAUACCUCAUGAGAAUGUCACAGAAUAACGCAAGCAAGGCAAUGAAAUGGCUGCGGCGACUUGAAGCUACACAAUCAACGUCCCAAACUCUUACUCGUCUAUUCAUAUACUAUCGCGGUCUGCUCGCUCUGAAAAUCACCCUCUCAAAUUCUCUCAAAUCUGAACCAGGACUCGCAAUACAGGUCAUGAAAAUACUGAAAGCAUUCAACUUUACUCAGAAGAAUUCAGUGGAAGCUGUUAAGUUGGACGAGAUGGUUAACAAGGUUGCUGAGACAGCGGAAGAUCAAGAAGUCAUGCGACUUGCUCUUGAUCUAUCGCAUACUUGGGCUACUCUGGAGACUAGCGUCAAGAUUGAGAAGAAGAGAAUAGUACCACCAGCGGAAACGGCAGGAGGUGUGAAACGAGCCGCAGAUGAUGUUGACAACGAUUUACCGUCAAAACUGUCCAAGUUUGGAAACAACAAGUUAGGACGGCAAGACAAGUGGAAGAAUGACAGGAAGGACUCCAAAGACUAUGAUCGAUACUCGAAAGAUUAUGAUCGUCGGGAAAGAGAUCGAGAGCGUGAUCGAGACCGAGACAGAGAUCGAGACUAUAAACGAAACUAUGAUCGAAAAGACAACAAUGGCACUCGAACGCCUCGAGACGACGAUAGUCGUAGCAAGAACAGUAGUAAUGACUAUAUAAACGAUUCACCGCAUUCAAGACCUGGAUCACAGCCACGGCCAUCCUCAUUACAUAAUAAUUUAACAUCACCAACAACAUCAACACACCACUCAACAGAACAAGAAGUAACUGAUGGCUGGAGUAAUAACAACCGAUACGCACAACCGCCAUCUAUACCUCCUGCUUACGAUAUGGGACCGUAUGGCUCCCCGUUAGUCCUGCCGCCACUACCACCAUCUCUAACAACAUUCAACUCGGCCUAUCCAAUAAUACAACCGGCAUCAUCAUGGACUCCAUCUUCGAUACAUACGCCAUGGGACAUGAGGGGAGGUAGUAGUAUAGCGACCCCCCGAAUACCAUGGAUGGAUGGCGGUGGUGGCCUUACACCUGCAUUGAGUGGCGUGAAUCCGGAUUGGGUGCCUGAGGAAGUUGUUGAAGAGGCCAAGGAAGAGGACGUUAUUAAUGCUGAUGCCAUGGAUGUUGCUGAUGAUUCCAAGCCUGCUGUGCUUGAUAAGGCUGCUGAGAAGGCAUUACGUGAAGAGGUUUCCAAGGUGGUGACCAAGGCACUGAGUAAGCAUAAAGGGGAAAUGACAGUAGACCAGUUCAAGCAUCUCGCCAAAAAGCUCACAUAUGGUGCCAUUGAAAAGGAAUCCAAAAAGGGUGGUCCACCCAUGAAGAUGACUGAAGAAAUGAAGUCCAAAAUCAAAAAGUUUGUCCUAUCCUAUUACGAAAGGAAGACGAAGGAAGGUGGCAUUGCUAUAAGCAGUAAGGGCAAGUCAUCCACUACCACCAGCACAACAACACCAGCAGCCCAAUAA